AUGGAAUCAUCCACACCAAAUCAAAUUACCACAGAUUCAAGUGCUCACUGUUCUUUUGGAAAAUGUAUUCCAUUAUCGGAGUUUAAUUUCAAUUCUAAUGAUGAGGGCUUCAUAAAUGAUUUAGGAGAGUAUGAAGCACUGGACGCAGAACGCACCAUAAAUCAGAUACGAUCGACAAUAGCUGAAGAAGAGUCAAUUAGUUUGAACACAAAUGAAUUUACUGAAGUGUAUGUCAGCAAUACAGAAGGUUUGCAAGGUCAUGACAGCUUAGAAUUGUUGACAACUUUGCAAAUUCAACCACUGCAUGAGACACUGGUAAUGAUUAACGUAAGUGAAUCAACAAAGGAGACACAAUCACAAGCUACUGAAAUGGAAACAGCGCAGGAAUAUGUACUUGAAGUUCCGUCAUUAGAAGACACGAUGCCAAAUGAGUUAUUAGCAGUCAAUAAUCAUGUCCCACAAAUACCUCAUGAUGAAAGCUCUGAAACUCUACUAUUCUUGAACAUCGACUAUUCUGGUGUCAGUCCAACUGCCAUUCAAGAAGAAGAUUCUGAUGAACUAUCACCGGAUACUCAACCGUCACAAUCAGAAAUUGAAUUAAAUCAUGCAGAGCGUGUUGGUGAAGUUGUGGGUACGAAUGAAACUUCAAAAGAUCAGUUGGGUGCUACAAAGCAAAGACGUCAAAAGUUACCGACUGAAGAGAAUCGAAAUGAUCUUAUUAAUUUUCCUCGAAAACGUGCACAUAGUGCCAGUGAAAUUCUACCAUUAACAAAUAUUAUCAAACGAAACCGUCCAACAGUUUGUUAA